GUGCCACCGCCGGCCCACCCGCAUGCAUGAGUGUGCUUCUUAGUGAGUGGCGUCCGCUCUGCGGUCGGAGGUCUCAUUGUGUCUCUCUGGCCUGGUGGUCCGAGGGUCCUAAUGAAACCUCACUUCAGAUGGACUCCCCCCCCUCCCCGUGUUGCUUGUGGCUGCCCCUCUGUUCUUGUCACCGUGUUCCUCGCUGCCAUCACCCGUCUUGUGCAUUUCCUUCCCUGAGCCUGUGUGCCCCCCCCGCCAUCUGUCACCUUGGAGUUGUGUGCUGUGGCACUUGAUGACUUCUUUGUCGUAUGUGUUCCAGUCCGCGAGCGCAUGAAGACGUCUGAUGGGUGACGGCCCACUACCUGUUAGUGUCCCCCUAGCCUAUCAGCAGAGCUGCUUUUUCUCCAGCGUCUCCAUUUUCCACCUGCACUGGCAACUUUUCAUUGAGCCAGUGUGUUGGAGUACCCCAGGGGCACAGUGCCGCUCUUUAGCCGCUGCGAGCCUGUAAUGGAUGGCAUGACUCAUGGGUCCUGAGGCUGGCACCAUAGUGGGCAUGUGCCUGGUGAGGUAGGUGUGUGUGCGUGUGUGUCCCUCGUCCACUAUGGAGUCCCAGACGUCAAGGCGGGCUGCGGCCGUAUGCAGGUCUCCACGGGGGUCUCGUCUCUGUCCGCCAUGCUGUUCCUCUUUCAAGCCCAGUGUGCUUUUCUUCCCUCCAGAUCUGAUGCAGCCGGCGGCCUCCUCUGGCCAAUGCUGUCCCUGACAGUCCUGCUGUGGCGCUGCCUUACCAGACUCGAGGCCCAUGAGGAGAGCUACGAGUCCUUAGCCUCGCUCCCGCCUCGGGACGCCAUGGGGAGCUUUGUGCCCGACAGCUGCUCCUACGACCUGCUGACUGUCAUAGGCUGCGGACUGGAGGACUUGAUGACUGUGAACCUGGGGAGGUACCGGCCGACGGGGGAUUAUGUGGCCAUUCGCAGGAUAAACUUGGAAAGCUGCACCAACGAAAUGGUGAACUUCCUGCAGGGGGAGCUGCAUGUGUCCAAGCUGUUUCAUCAUCCCAACAUCCUACCCUACAGAAGCAUCUUCAUCUCCAAAAACGAGCUGUGGGUCAUCACGCCGUUCAUGGCCUAUGGUUCAGCUAAAGAUUUAAUAAGCAACCACUUUACCGAUGGCAUGAGCGAGCUGGCAAUCGCCUACAUCCUGCAGGGCGUGGUGAAGGCGCUGGACUACAUCCACCACAUGGGCUACGUGCACAGGAGUGUGAAGGCCAGCCAUAUCCUCAUCGCUGCCGACGGCCAGGUUUACCUGUCUGGCCUGCGCAGCAUCUUCAGCCUCAUCCGUCACGGGCAGCGGGCCCGGGUGGUACACGACUUCCCCCAGUACAGCAUGAAGGUGCUACCCUGGCUAAGCCCCGAGGUUCUGCAGCAGAAUCUGCAGGGAUAUGAUGCCCGCUCAGACAUCUACAGCCUUGGGAUUACCGCCUGUGAGCUUGCCAAUGGCCAUGUGCCUUUUAAAGACAUGCCAGCUACCCAGAUGCUUCUGGAGAAACUGAAUGGAACCGUACCCUGCCUGCUGGACACCAGCACCAUCCCGCCAGAGGAGCUCACCAUGAAGCCGUCCCGCUCGGGGGCUGACUCGGGCAUCGGAGAAAGCACAGGGGCCUGUGGCAUCAGGCCCUCAAAUGGGGAGCCCAGUCAGCACCCCUACAAUCGCACCUUCAGUGCCCACUUCCACAGCUUUGUCGAGCUUUGUUUGCAGAGGGACCCCGAGCGCAGACCCUCUGCCAGCGCCCUUCUUGGUCACUCCUUCUUCAAACAGAUAAAGCGCCGCGCUUCAGAUGCCCUCCCUGAACUCCUCCUACCCGUCUCGCCCAUCAGAAACUUGGAGUGCGGGCAGCGGCACAACGACUCGACGGCAGCGCUGGCCAGCUUGGAGUCCAGCCUGGGCCAGCUCGAAGUGGAUGACUGGGACUUCUAAGGCAUUAGAAAUGGCAGCAGCGCCGGACCCUGCCGUCCUCUAUCCCGAUGAACUGGACAGCGAGUGGGCCACGGCAUGGCCGCCCCCCCAAAACUCUGUGUUUCACCAUCUAGUGAAAUAAAUCAGAAUCUCAGAGCCGA